AUGGCGGCCCCUCGUGUGCUUUUACGAAGAGAUGUUCAAACUACUGGAUCGUCACCAACGAACAGGACAAUGGAAUUAAAUGUCUUGCGAGGCUUAGCAUCCCUUCCAAAAGGUCAACUUAAAUAUGAUCCGAAUUGGAAACCAACCACUGAGGCUCUCGAAGAGUUUUCUAAACCACCACGCUUAUCAAAGGAAAUCUUGUCGUCAGUUUUCCCAACGAGUAAGUCAUUGAGUUUGUCAGGAGGUGCAAGAAUAAAUCAGCGUGUAGAAGAGUCAGAAUCCGAUGUUAUUUCUAUUAAUAGCGCUUCUAGUAGUGUCGAACGUACGGUAGAAAGUGACAGAAUUAAAGCGAGGGAGGCUGACCUGCUUGAAAAGGAAUUACAGGCAAGCUUCGAUAGAACGCAUAUUGAUACCAAAAAUUAUACGGAAGAAAAGCAUCUGCAAGCACAGGAUAGGCUCCGUUUAAGAAAAGAGAAGAUGAUAGAAAAUUCUAAAAAAUUACAGGAAGAAAAAGAUAAUUAUUUACAAGAGAAAGAGAAUGAAAGAGUUGAGGAAUUUAUUAAAUCUGUGCAAGCACUACAAGAAGAUGAAAAGAGAAAAAGCGAGGAAGCUAGACAACGUCAGCAACAACUUGAACAGUCACAUGAAGAGUAUGCACAACAGGCUGUUAGAAAAGUAAAAGAAGUAGAGGCUUUAAGAUUAAAGGUUCUUAAAGAAGAACAACAGAUCAAGAAACAGCUAAUGCAGCUGAAAGUGUCAUUCACUAGUAUUAGGGAAACUUCUUCAACCAUUCAACAGAUUUUUCAGCAAUGUAAGUAUCAGUCGUCAUUGUCAAUGUCAAUGACAGAUGUGCUUAAAGAGGUAGAUAAGGUCCUGAAAGUUUCACAGAACGCUUUUGAUGAUGCAAAUGAAAAGGGACAAGUCACUGAGAUGAAUGAGAAGAUUAUGCAUGAGUGUUCUUCUCUGAUCCAAGCCAUGCUUCAAAAGACUAAAAACAUUGUCGAGGAGAUCAGUGUAAAAGCAAUGAAAGAAGAAGCUGAGCGUCAGGCCAAAGCAAAGGAGGAGGAAGAGAAAAAGGAAAAGGAAAAAGCUCAGAAAGAAAAAGCCGAGAGAGCUGCAAGAGAACGCCAGAACAGCCAAAUAUCUGCUUCAGCUAGUCAAACAACUUCUGGUAAACAAAAGACGUCUGGUCUGUCUAAAGAGCUUACCUCUUGCAUUUCAGAAUGGGCUUGGCAUGAGUAUUCACGAUUACUCAGUUACAAAGCUGAGAUAACAAAGACAGCUGAACCAUUGAACACUGACAAGUCCCUGAAGCAGUUAAAAUUUGACCUUCAGAAGGCUGUUGCUACACCAAUCAAUUCCAUAUCUGAAGAGUCAAUACUUGACAAGAUACAGCGCUUGACUAAAUUCCUUUCUGGGGCAUCAGUUUCAGUUGGACGUAAAGAGAUCUCCAUUUCUGUACAUCCAGCGGCUGAGGUAAGUAGACUGUGAGCACUGUGAUAAGGUCGAAGGAUUAGACUAUGUUCAAUUGACCAUAUUCCAGAAUAAAAAUAAAAGGAAUGAACUCUAAAAAUCACUAAUUUUAGUGUUUAUUGCUUUGCAAUAGCUAGAAAUCUGUGUGAAAUAAAAUGUCCCAAUGUGUGUAACAUUUAAGUGGCCCAAAAAUCAUCUGGAGAAUUGCAAUAAAACUGUUGCACAUACUUAUAAUAUUUCCUGAGUGUGCCCUUAGCAACCCUUAGUAAUAAGUAUAAAUUCAAGAAAUUCUCCAAAGAAGGACAUGCAUCCCACUAUGUAGGAAAAUUGAGAGAAUUUAAUUUUUACUGACUGACAGGAGUAUUCACUUAACGAUUGAAAAGUAAUGGAGACAUCUGUUUUCUGUUGUCUUCUGCAAAUAGCCACAGUUUUGUCUUAUCUCUGUGAGCGUCUGUAAUAGUAACAAACUUUGUAAACUAUAAAAUCUCUGUGGCAACUGUGACAAGUGAUGCACUGGGAUAAAUUAUUUUAUCUAUCAGGCAUUUAAAUUGCAUGAAUUGUCCAAAAACAUGCCCUUGAAUAAUUUCUGACUAAGCCUCUCAUUGUGUGCUAUAUGUAGACUGGGUAAAACACUGGUUGAUCUCGUGAGCUUUAAAUUCAUACCUCCGAUGUUAUUAUGAUGUUCUACCUUGUGAGACCAAUGAAAUCACAUAUGACUAAUUACACCAAUAAGGUCACGAUUAGCAGUUCUCAAGGCUGGUAUUUCGGUGCAAAGUUUGAUCAGUUUGGUUUGUGGCAGUCUGGUUUGUGGCUGAGUGCAAAAACAUAGGUGCAGUUGCUGUAAAAGCUUACUGAAAAACUAUCUGUCACUUGGUAUCCCCUUGACUAAUGCCCUCAAGAAAUAAUAUUGGAUCAUUAAACAUUUCUGGGAAACUGCCCACAUACAUGUACCCCUCCCCAAAGCCAACAUUAACACUUACUUCUCACUUAGGGCAAAAUGUUGGCUUAAGGGAGGGGUAGGUGGACAGUUUCCCAGGAAUGUAUAAUGAUCCAUAUUUUUCUUAAAGAAGUUGUAUAAUUUCAAUUUUUAUUGCACCCUUGAGUUUGAGUUUUCUGGCUAUUGAACGGGCCCUUAACAUGAAAUUGUCACGUGGUACAAAAACAUGCUGCUGGAGCUGGGCAAACAUGUCAGGGGGAAAUUGAAAAGAAAGGAUAUUUCCAGGGCUGUCACUAAGAUUUCAAUUUGCCACAUAAAUACAACAAGUAAGCGGGAAAUCAAACAGCUAGGGAUUUCUUUUGGUUCUAUUUUUCUUCUGUUUUCCUAUGAAAGUAGCCAGGGGCCUCAUUCUUAGUAGCCGGGGGAAAUCCCCAGCCCCCGCCUGUUAAUGACAGCCCUGUAUUUUCACUUUAGUUUUUCUUGCCCCUCUGUGUCGUCUGCCAUUCAGCAAAGUGUUUUUGUACCAUGUGACCAUUUCGUGCACAGGGACCAUUACUCCCCAAACAAUUGCAUAUUCCCAACAACUUGAAAUCUCAGUGACAGCUCUGAAAAAUUGACUCCCAAUAAGAAGUACCCUAUAACGUUCUGUUCCAUUGCUUGCUAGAAUAAUUAUUAUUACUGUAAUUUUAUGUACAGGCAUACUGCAAGGAAAUGAUUGCAAGAAAAUUGGUGGCUCAAGGUUCUCAGCAAGUUUCAUCCAGCGUCAGUUCUGCUUUUCCAAUUGCUGCAGUUGCCAUAGGGGUGUGGUCCAGUUUUCCUGAUGUUGGUGAUCUUAUUCUAAUGAGGUUCUAUGAGGAGUGCCCAUUCCUGGUACCAUUUUAUAUCCCUAAGGCGGCUGGGAUGACAGAUGCAGAGUACUUUACUACUCUUGGCUAUCUGUGUUCAGAUGGUCAGGUUGAACAAAAAGACAAGUACCUCAAGCGCAUGACUGGAAUUGUCCGCCUGUAUGCGGCAAUUAUCUCCUCCUUACCCCCACCGGGACAAUCACAACCACACCCCCAUGGGCCUGAAAAGGGAUGGACUUGGCUGGCAAGAAUGUUGAACUUAGAACCCCGACCAGACUACACUGCUACGGCUCUUUAUGAAUUCUUAUCCAUUGCAGGGCAUGCACUGAUGAAACAGUACAAGAAACAGUUUGGCAAGCUACUCAACACCUUGGUGUUAGACUAUGUACCCAAGAUUGAGAAAGUUACCGCAAAGGAACAGAGUGGACCCGUUAGUAGAUUAAAGAUCUUUCUGGAAAAAUGCAUCAAGGAUCAGAAAAUUCCUCUGCCAGAAGGGUACCUCACACCACAAUGGUGGCGAUCUGCUAGAUUUUAAAUGAGGAAAAGUGGGUGGAGACCUUUCACGUAAAUUUAACUUUUUAGCCAUAAAAAUCCUAAUAAAAGAUGACAGUUUUAUCUGUUUAAGAGGAGGUAACAUUUCGGACAGGUGGCUUUCUCAAGAUUUAUGAGUUGGAGGUCUCUCUCAUCUAGUUUAGUUUUCAAACAUGUAACAAGAACCAUGUCACUAUACAAGUGACCCUGACUUCUGCGGAAUUUGAGUUUUUAUCCCCGUUUAGCUUCUCAGAUCAUAUUCCUUUAAAAACUCUUUUCCUAGACCUUUUAAAAAAGCUCUUCGUCUGAUUUAAUAUCGCCAGUGAUGACUUAUUAUUGCGCGACACCUCUCUCGACUUCGUCGCUCGCUCGGCCGCUUCGAGGCCUAAAAGGCGCGCUCCGCUCGCUUAGAAACUCGUCAAGUCGACUUGCGGCAAGUUACUCUUUUCCCGGACAAUUUUGUAGACUUGU